AUGAACAACUCAAGAUAACUAAACUUAUAAUUUAUAUCAAAAGAAUAAAAAUUAACUCAAAUAAUGUGUUUUCUAUUUGCAUAAUCAAAAAUUACUUCUUUUCUGAUUGCAAUUCUAAAAAUCAAAAAAUUUCAACCCUAUAUAGUUGGAAAAUAUUUUACCUAAAGUUAGACUCACUAAGGAGCUUAAGGUGACCUACUUAAAUUUUUUUACAAAAAGCUCAAGAUUGAGAUUGUCGAGAUGUUCAUAUGUAAAAGAUGA